AUGGCCCCACGUCAAUCCAAAAAGAGCCCAUCGUCCAAGUCAACAAGAGCCAAGGACCAGAACUCGCCGUCGUUCCAGUGGAAGAUCAUUAGAGCAGACCUUUCCAAAUCCAAAUCUCGCUUACGUUCACGAAAGAACCGCCAAGAGCCUAUCCAAGGAAAUAGUUCCCCACAGCUUGCAGCUCUACAAGAAGCACUUGACUGCCCAGGCUGCGAAUACGCCGACAAUGUCUCACACUCAAUGAUGUUGAUAGAUGAGAAAGUAUUAAAGACAUACCAUACAUCCAGCUAUCCGUAUCAUUUCAUCAACAAGGUGACGAGGAGCGAGGAUAUCCGUGUCUGCCCGUUGAGUACUGAACCUCCAUCCGAAGAGAUCCCAACUUUCUGGGAUGAUAUUUCGUUGUCUUUACGACAGCGCUACUACAAGAAGCUUGAACUCAUCAUUGGAAGAUAUAACAAGAAAGGCGCCAAACUAAAUGAGAAGAAAAUUGGUCACCUUGAUGAAGACGAGGUUGUCCGCCUCGCCCACUAUCAAAUGGACUACCACAUUCAGCAACAUUAUUUGCGUCACCGAAGCUGCUUAACCCUAUGCCGCGACGAAGACGAUCUCCGACAAAUGCAAAGCUUCCAAUGGUCAAUCGCAGCAGCCAAUGGAGAAUUGAAACAAGAGAUGAAGGCAAAAGGUCUGAAAUGGCGAGAUGGAUGGGUCAAUGACUACAACCACGGCUUCGAGCAGCAAACUGAGUUCUGGGAAGAGAGAGGACUGGAGCGAGAAAAGCAGGUCGCGACCGCGAGAGCACGUUGGGCCUAUAUCCAGAAAUUGAGGGGAAUGCAGAGGCGCCGAAAGAUCAAUACUGAUGCGGACAUCCAGACAUUCCGAUUUUAUUUGGGUCCGCGCCUUCUACGAACUAUCGAUGUUGCCAAAGAUACCUCACGCGUUCGUCAACAGCUUCAGUACGAGGCUAGACGCUACCUCAGUAUGCUGGGGGAUUCUUUUAGUUCUCCGGCAAGUGAGAUGAGUGAAUGCUUUUCUGAGGAUGACCCGGAUUUCUUUAUAAACCCGCAAUAA